CAAUGUAUCCACAAUUACAAAAAGAAGAGCUAGUAGAAUUUCGUAAUUAUAUUCGAGAAGUAACAUCUGCAAAGAUAAAUAAAACGUUAGAUAAGACUCCAAAAAGAAACAAUGCUUAAAAAUAAUUGGAAUUUAUUCUUAAAAGUACAUAAUUACGAUAGACUGUUUAAAAACCUGAAAACACUUAAUAAUAAAUAUAAAGAAUUAAUUAUGAAUCAUAAUCAUACAUACCAAGAUCAUCAUCUCAACCUUUUGUUCAUUUUGAUUCAAAUUGUUGGAAAGAGACAUAAAAUUCAUUUACAAAAUAGUAAACUGCAUAUGUAAGUGUAUCAGAAAUGUUGAGAAUUACAAAUGGAUUUAAUUAGAUGAAUAAAAAAGAAAUAAGUGGAAUGAAUUCUAAGUAUUAAAAAUUAUAAUUUAGCUAUUUAUAAUCCUUGCAUGAAUUAGAUUUGACAAUAACAGCCCUUCUAAAAAGAAUUGAUUGA